AACUACAAGUUCAAAGCGAUAAUAACAAUUUUAAAAACGCUGUUUGAACUUUGAAAGGUAACAAUGAAAAUAUUACUUUCAUAUAGACGGUUAUUUCAACAACAACAAAAAUAGGACACGGUUAAAGUUCCUGAACUGAAAAGUAACAUAGGAACUAUUUUAGUGGGAGUCGCUGUGUCCUACCCGGAUCAGGAAGAUGGUUAUCCAGGAUCCAUGGUGUCUUUCCCAGGCAGCAAAAUGAGAGGCGUUGGUACAUUUAUCAGCAGACCACUGCCUUUCCUAUUACUUCACUUUACUCUAUUGAAAUGCGAUAUAACAGACGGCAAUGUAGAGCACUUAAAGCGGGAGCAUUCGCUCAUGAAACCGUACCAGGGUGUUGGAAGCAGCCCAUCCAGUCAGUGGGACUUCUGGGGGAGCACGCUAGUCACCAGCUCAUAUGUGCGCCUGACACCUGAUGAGAGAAGUAAACAGGGAUCCAUAUGGAACACAGUGCCUGUUCAUCUGAAAGACUGGGAGAUGCACGUGCAGUACAAGAUCCACGGGUCGGGGAAGAAAAAUCUCCAUGGAGACGGCAUCGCCAUCUGGUACACGAAGGAGAGACUUCAUCCAGGCCCAGUCUUUGGAAACCAAGAUCAUUUUGUUGGCCUGGCUUUAUUUGUGGAUACCUUCCGCAAUGAUCUCCAUGGGAUGGAUCGUUCCUUUCCCUACAUCUCUGCCAUGGUGAAUAAUGGUUCUCUGCCCUAUGACCAUGGGAAUGAUGGACGUACCUCUGAACUGGGAGGCUGCUCUUCUGAGAUCAGGAACAAAGACCAUGACACCUACCUCGCCAUUCGCUACUCCAAGGGCAGACUCACGGUGAUGAUUGACAUUGAUGAUAAGAAUGAAUGGAAAGAGUGCAUUGACAUCGGGGGUGUCCGUCUCCCCACGGGGUACUACUUUGGGGCUUCUGCUGCUACAGGAGAUCUCUCUGAUAACCAUGAUAUCAUCUCUAUGAAGAUGUAUCAACUGAUGGUGGAACACGCACCUGAUGAGGACAGUCUGGACUGGACCAAGAUUGAGCCAAGCGUCAGCCUGCUGAAGUCCCCCAAAGACAACAUUGAUGAUCCUACUGGUAACUUCCGAAGCACACCUCUUACUGGCUGGAAGGUCUUCCUGCUUCUGCUGUGUGCUCUACUGGGAAUUGUAGUUUGUGGUGUUGUAGGGGCUGUAGUCUUUCAGAAGCGCCAGGAAAGAAACAGGAGGUUUUACUGAGAGGAAAAACAUAUUUCUGUAUGUGAGAGGUAUUUGUAAAAUGAGCUGUUGUGAAAAAUACAGAUUCAGAAACGCAUCCAAAGUGAAUUUUCUAAAGAUUGUACAAAUGUUUAUAUCUGCUGAAGCACCGCGAUGAUUACAGUCACUUAUGGUAUCGUCCAAUGUUUGUGAAAUAACCAUGACUAAUGGUUACUACCACGUAUAUGAGUGACCUUUUGAUGGAGGCAGUUUGUUUUUGUUUUUAUUCACACCCUUUCCCCUGUUCUUUUUGCUUUCACAGUACAGGGGAUACUUGUGAAUUUGGAUCAACCUGUAAAAACACUGAUUUGUUCAAUAACUUUCAAAUGAGAUUUACUUUCACAACAUUUUCUGUAUAAGUUGAUUUAUUUUCACCUCAUCUUUUUAUACCAUUGGAUUCUGAGUGAUUGGACUGAUUUUAAAUAUUUGUAGGAUUUCAUUUAGUUUUUUACAUUGAUCUCUAACUGCUCUUGACUUUGAAUUCAAUAUGGGUGUUGGUAAGGAUUUUGGGCACAUUUACAUUCGGUAAGGCCUACCUUGGGGGCUUUACAAAUCUCUCAUGUGAGAUUGCAUCACAUUUUACAUUAGAUCAAUGGGAAUUGUGUUUUUAACGAUUCUGCAUAAAGUGUCUCUUUCCUUUUGAGGUGGCUGCUUAAACACAGAUUAUUUGAGUAGAAAUGUCCCUUUACCGUGAUUGAAUGACUCAAACUGAACAAGGCCGUGUUGCGUUAUCCUGUAAGACUCAAUAAAACUGGUCUCCCCAAAUGAUUAAA